AUGGCGGCCGUGCAAGUGGUGCAGUUGGCGCCGGCGUUCUGGGGCGAACAAGCCGUGUACGGGCCUCACUACCGUGGGGGCCUGGCACCGCCGCCGGAUUGGUGGGCACAGGCCGCCCAAGCCUGCGCCCUGAGCCAGUAUCAAGUUGCAGCGCUGCAACAGCUGUUCCAGCCUUGCCGCUGGCAGACAUUCAACGGGUUUAGUUACCAGCCCAUUCAACCUACACCGCCAAUGAUGCAGAUGGCAACUCCUCAUUACACAUCCCCUGCACCCCCCACGCCUGCGCCUUCCCCUACACAGCAAGCAUACCCGCAAGCACUCCAUCCAGCACCAGCGGCAAGCAUCCCAACGUCGGCCCCCACGAGCUCACCCAAGAGCCCAGCGCAACCUUCCUGGGCGGACUUGUCGGAGGAUCUAACUUCACCAAGCCUGAACGAGGAGUUGCCAACCUUGCUCCCCAAGCCUAGCAAGGGCAACGGGAAGGGAAAGGGAAAGACUGCCAAGAAGUCCUCCAAAGGAACGGGCAAAGGCAGAAACGGUGGCAUGUGGCAUGCCAACUACUCCGACUAUUCCUGGAAAUACCAGAGCUACCAGUACUGCGGCUGGUACUGA